UUUCUGAUUGGAACUUUACUCCCACCGUCAUGUUUCUUUCAGUUUCCCAUUUCCAUACCAAUACGACAAUACCUCUCUCUCUCUCUCUCUCUCUCUCUCACUUCUAUAAAUUUCCCAUUGCUCAUCUCACUUCCAUUUUCUUCCUUGUGCUUAUUACUCAUUUGGCUUCUUCUACCUUAGAUUUCAUCUGGGAAUCUCUCAUUCUUUCUGUUCUUGCCCUAAACUCUUGGAUUUUGAUUUUUUAAUCUUUGUUAGCUGCUUUGACUCUCACAUCUUUUCACCUCUUAGGCUGCAUUUCCCUUCCAUCCCAUUUGGCUAGUUCCCAUUCCCUCUGUUCUUGCACGAAAUCUUUGAUCUUCCCUUGCUACAUUUCAGUUCUUGGGUUAUCAAGAGAUAUCAAUUUUGGUUCUUGGGUUGUGUUCCUCUCUCUUCGAUUCACUCUUUUUUUCUUUCUGAACUUUUAUUCUAAUUGCAAUGUCGCAAGGCUAUGCUAUAGAGCUUUACUUCGAAACCGCCCUCGAAAACCAGGUCUUGAAGGCCUGGAACGUGCUCGCUAGCCGCAAAAUCAGCACGAAACUCAUCGAAAUCCAAUCACGUCCACAUAUCACCCUCUUCUCCAGCCCCUCCAUCGAUCCUCCAAUGCUUGGAAACGUUCUCAAGAACCUUGCUUCGAAGCAGGAGUAUUUGCCUCUAUCUUUCUCUUCAAUCGGAACUCUUCCCGAUGAAAACAACGUGCUUUUUCUCUCGCCGACGCCAUCGUUGUCGCUUCUCCAGUUCCAGGCGCAACUGUGCGAUGCAAUGCAGAAGGAAGGGAUCGAGAUUUCGGAUGAGUAUAGACAGAACUCUUGGAUUCCUUAUUGCGCGGUGGCUGAGGAAGUGCCGAGCACUCGGAUGGCCGAUGCAUAUAGCCUAGUGCGGAAGUUGAAGUUGCCGUUUUCUGGGUAUGCAGUGGACCUAGGUUUGGUGGAGUUUCCUCCGAUGCGCGAGGUUUUCUCCUUUGUGCUUGGCAAUUCGGAAGAGGCAUGAGGUUGGUUUCAAAGCCUUUCCUUAUGUGUUACUCUGAACCUCUGUUUUCCCUCUUUUUUUCGUUCUUGUUUUCUCUUUCCCGUAUGAUUGUGGUGCCUUUUGUGUUACUGUAGAAUGAUAACAAUGGCGCUAUUCAGAGCAUAUUUUCAAGAUUUUUUUUUUCUCAAAUCUCAGGAGUUGUAAAAUUCUUACUAUUCAGAUUCUUUCCCUGUUUUUCAUACUAAUCUUGUCCGGAACUAAUACAAGAAUUGCAAGAGUUUAGAAGCCUAGAAGAUGUCUUUUUGCAUCUUUUAAUGUUCAAAGAAUGUCUUCAUCUCUGUAUUUGCGAGCUCUGUCACUACGGUCUGAGUCUGCCUGCCCAUAUGUUAUGAACUCGAAUGACUUCGAUCGUGUUGGUUUCCAUUUACAGGGAACUCAAGAGCUAGCAAUUGGUAUGUUAU